AUGUCGCCCAACACUAACAAGCACCUUCCUACUGGCAACACCGCCAGAAAGCCUGGAUCCAACGCGUCACAGAGCCGUCGCAAGGCAUCGUCUAUCCCACAGGCCUCUCGCACUGCUGGCAGCUCCGAUGGCCAACCGGCCAAGGUGCGAACGAUAGCUCCUCGCACUGCUCCGACUCCGCUGCCUCCACUGGGUCACCCUCCUGGCGCUCUGAUCCCCAGUAAGGCCGCACUGCAAGGCACGUCUGAAGCUUCGGGCCUCGGCACGCCUCGCAUGGUCAAAAGGGAACCAGUCGAUCGUCACGGUAACGAGGCUCCAGCGAACAAUAGUCCUCUUCCCCAGCCUGAGAACGCCCGGCUCUUGGCCCAACUUGUUGAACGUCAGGACGUUCAACGUUCAGCGCUAGCCGCAGAGCAGGCGCACGGUGCCACCCGUCCUCUUGCAGAAGGCCAAGCGCCCGGCUCGAGCGAGACACGCGGGGCUGAAAAUCUCCAAGAGGUCUACCAAGUUCUCGGCGCAAACCCAGGUUCUCAUCAUCUCGACACUCAAGGUGGUUUGCCUGGGCCAGUGGCACAGAAUGGUGUCUCUAACUACCACGAGACAUCUCAAGGCAUUCUUCAUGCUUCCCCCGGAGGCGCGACGUCUCAGAAUGUGGUGUCGAACGGAUACGCCUACCAAGGCCAGGUUACACCCGAGUUGGAUCAAGCUCACUCUAGCUACGAAACGCAAAUGCCGUCGAACAUCUACAACGCCAAGGUGUACUCCCAUCAGCAAAACGACGCACCUCCCGAACCAGUCCAAGGCUAUAACGCUCCCUGUGUCGGCGUGUACCAGGAAUAUCCGCCUCAGCCGGAGAACGUCCCGGUGCAUGCGCCUCACCAGAGUCGUCAGUACCUAACCCCCGCCUCUCACCUGCUAUCGCGCGGGUCUCAGUCGUAUUAUCUCGAGACGCUGGGUGCGCUUCAGGAUCAUACGAUCCAGCAUCAGCAGCAGCAAUACGCGAUUGCCGCAUCACAGGGGCUUGUGAGCGGGUCUCAGCAUCAUUCGCCCCAGUCGAUGCAUGCCAACCAUGGUCAAGCGUCGCAGCAGGAAUACCUGGUAAAUUCCGCGCAACGUUCAGCGGACGGGGUCUGUCCGUCCCUAAAUCAACAAGUGUACGCUGCGCAGGACAACGCUCAGCGACGUCCAGUGGGCGAAGACAGGCUGCCAUCACUGCCAAUGCUGACGCCGCCGCAUCUCGGCACACGCCCUCCGCUUCCACUGCACCAGAUACCUUUUGCAGUGAGGGACGCUCCACCACCCCCAGGGAACGACUCACCGUUCAAAGAGCACCUCCCACCCCCGCCGCCCGGUCAACAUUAUGCGUCGGCUCAGUGGCUAUACUCUCAAGCCGAGAUGUAUCCCGAGGACGAGCGACCGCGGAUGCGCUCGCUCGCUAUGUACUGCGAAGCCAUUCGAUGCUUGCUACUUAGCGCGCAGACGUUCAAUAGUCUGUUUCCACCCGGCCCUCAGCUCAUGUUCCACUGGGGGAGCCGAACAGUGGAUCGCAUGCAACUGCGAGCACGGAUACAGGAGCUCGAGUCGAUGCUCCUUGAUGUUUCGAGGGAGCUCAAGCUUGUGCCUGAAGAUCCACAAGGCCCGACGACUGGCGGGAGUACAUACAGAGUGAACAGACAAGUUGAAUGGCCGAGAGUGCCGAUUCUCCAUCCGUUUUUGGUUAGCGUCGAACAGGUCCAUCGCGGUAAAACAAUAGGUGUAACGCACCAGUACAUCGAGCCCGCCAAUCGCUCCAUUGUGCACAUUCCCGUGGACAACACCCACCAAGGCCUGCCGGAUCUCUCUAGGACUGUGGGAUUCGCUCCAGCGGGCGGCGCACCAGACGCUACCCCGCCCGUCGCCGAUGCGAAGGGUAAGCGCAAGGCUGUGGAUGACCCAUUGGGUAUCCAUCGUGAGCCUUGUCUGCCUUUCGGCGACAGGAAGAAAGCAAAGACGGACCACGAUUUCUCUACUACUCCCUCGACCUCGCGCCCGAUGAUGGGAAGCGGCUCCACAUCACAAGCGAGCUUCAACUCGCAACGUCUCUUCACCCACGCCGGUGAAGAGAACCGCAACAACUUAGUACACCACCCCGCAUCGUCGGUACCAUCGACCUCCAACGCAGCGUCGGCGAUACCAAAUCAUGGCGGCCCCCCUUCAAACAUGCAGUGGGCGCUGACAGCUGUAACAUCGUACGAGGAGAGUAAUGGAUGGACGCAGACGCGAACGGAUAUGGGUGCGGGUAGCCAGAUGCAAUCUGACUCGGGCGCCCCCCUCCCUUCCGAGACUUUCUAUCCCGUGCAGCAACAGCGCGCUCAUAACCCUUCUCCACCUUCCCAAUUCGGGGGAACGAACCCUAAUCUCUUCCCAUCUGACUCCGUCGCACAUGCGUCUUGGAUGCCGUCUGUCCAAGGCGAGUCCGCGGAAUGGGCGAAUCCCGCUGACUCCGAUAAUUCGGCCGGCGUUGGCGACGUCGUCUCGCAUCAUCCGCAUGGGUCGUCGUACCUUCCUCCCAGCGUGUAA